GAGGAGGCCCUCGCCAUGCCGGCGCCGAAGAAGCCAGUGCCGCGCCGGGCAGCGGACGGGCAGCCGCCAGACUCGCCCACCGAGCUUCCGGUGCCUACAGACCUGCCGUCGCCCACGUCGCCGACGAAGGCGGCCGCGGCGGCCGCGCAGCAGGAGGACGCCCUCAUGCCAGCGCCCAGGCGCCCUGGCAAGCGCCAGUUCGCGCCGCCCACGCUGGACGCAGGCGACGAGCCCUCCUCCCCCACGUUCCUGCCGGCGCAGUUCGACCCGACGUCCCCGGCUGAGGAGAAUCUGGCCGACGACCAGCAGUUGGAAGGCCCGCCGGUGCCGACGGCCUCCCUGCCCACGCUGGAGCCGACCUCGCGGGUGGGCGACGACGAGGUCCCGGUGCCCACGCAGGUGCCGACCAUUCCCUCCGAGCCUUCGGUGCCGCCGCCAGGCUCGGUCGAGCCGGGGCAGCCGGGGCGCCAGAUCGUCUCGGAAGAGGCCCAGCAAGUCGGCGUGUGCAGCGCCCGUAGGCGUGCUCGCACGGCCCAGGAGCGGCAGUGCGCGAGCACGGCCAGGGAGCGCACCGGGGCAGAUCCACCAGGCGGCCGCAGCGGGUCGGCGGAGCACCCCGGCCAGGACGUUGACGGCGACGACCAGAACACGAAGACUAAAACGACAGAUGAGGCGGGCCGGAACACGAGUAAAGAUGAGGGAUAA